AUGCAGGUUUCUCUGUCAAAUCACAAGAGCAUUAAGUCUGCCAUCAUAAAUCUAGAGGUACAAGUGGACCAAUUAGCUAAGCAAUUGGUUGAAACAUCCACAGACAAUUUUGGGGCCAACAUGGAGAAGAAUCCCAAGGAGGAGUGCAAGGUAAUUUUCACUAGGAGUCAGAGGAGGGAGAAUGUAGAGAGAGAAAAGAGAGAUGAGAGAGUAUUGGAGGAUGUGAGUAAUGAGGAAGGAGAGGAUAAUAAGAGAGAAGAGGGUGAUGAAGAGAAAGAAGAGAGCAAGGAGAAGGGUGAAAAGGUCUUACCCACUAAGACCAAGAGUCAGUUAGCAAGGGAGGCUAGAAAAGAGAUACCCUCAGUCCGAGUGAAGGACAUCCCAUAUCCCUUAGUGCCACCAAAGAAAGACAAGGAGCAAUAUUUUGCUCGAUUUCUUGACAUCUUUAAUAAGUUGGAGAUCAUCAUUCCCUUUAGAGAGGCCUUAUAG